AUGGGAAAGGUUGCCAACGAAGCUGUGGAGAAAGUGAAGAAGGACAGAGAGAACAUGAGAAGAGCGGAGGAAGCGACAAACGAUACACGCGCGGCUGCGAGAAGAAGUUCCGUGAUGUCUCUGCCGCUGACGCAGGCAGAGGAGGAGGAAGAGGAGGAAGUGGCGAAGGAGGAGACAGUGGACGAUGGGGAUGAAAUCAAGUCGGAUGGAGGAAAUCAAGGAAUACCUCGACAUAUCGCGAUCAUGGUUGAGAAAGGUGAGACAAGCAAUGAGGAGAAGGAGCGGGAGGAAGAUGAGGAGGUCAAGGUCAAGGUCAAGGUCAAGGUCAAGGACAAUGUGUGGAAGUGGGAGCGGGGGCAGCUGCGGCAGCAGACGCGAGAGAAGCAGCAGCAGCAGCAGCAGCAGAAGGAAGAGGAGGAGGAGGAGGAGGAGGAGGAGCGGCAGCAGCGGCAGGGACAGGGACAGGGACAGGAGGUCAUUGGAUCGCGGCAGAGGUGA